AUGGCUCGUGUCAUUUCGAAACCUGGUCCCCCUCCUACCAGUUGCAUUACAUGUCGCCGGAGACGAAAAAAGUGCGAUAUGGCUAGACCCUCUUGUGAGAGGUGCUUAAAGGGCGGUUACGAAUGUCUAGGAUAUGAGAAUCCUGUGUCCCGUGUAAUAAUACACAGGCGAAGUGCUGAUGAUUCAACUCGCUAUCCAAAGAAUAUAAAAAUACUGGAGACGGUCAACCCAGCUGUGGUUAGGCUGCCUCAAGAAACAAACAUAAAUCUGGACCAGGGCGCGAGGCCAUCAACUCUGGAAGCUGCGAUGCUAUACGGGGUUAACGGGCCUGUUUCUUCGGUUGAUAGUCGGCACGUUACCGAGAAUCCGUCGUAUCAAUUUGACCAGAUGUGGCCGCAGGAUCAAAGUCAAUCGAUCAUACGUCCGUACUAUACUCGGAAUGCCACGCAGGUUUUGAAUACAAAUUCCGACUCAGGCACGUCCAGCAAUGGCCUGACGCAAAUUGUAGAAGCCCUUUGCCGGUCUGUUCCUCCUUCAAUAGAUGUGGCGCGAACGAUGAGAGGAGAUUAUCGUAAUCGUGUCGUUCAUACAUAUUACACUCAGCGUCUCAUUUAUUGGUUCCAUCCUCCUUCAGUGGAACUAUUCAGUCCGGAAUUGGUUCAGUUGGCAGAGUCGAAGCGAAUUGUAUGGGUUAUGUAUUUAGGAGCAAAGGCCUUCGAGCUACUUCAGCAAGGCGCCCAAGCCCAAAGCAUGGCAAUUGCACAGUGUCUUGGCUGGGUUAAUCAAUUAGAGCAUAAAUUCACCACGAAUUCCCGUAGUGACCCGUCAUCAGAUGACACAGGGGAACGACUAAUGGCCCACCUCGAGCUAGCAACCACAAAAUUCAACUUGGUAAAUACUACUUCGGGAUAUCAGCUACUUCGGAAUGCGUUGCCAAAGUUCCUUCAACUUGCGGCAGCUGAUACAAACUUGAUAGUCGAACAGCUCGAUGGCAGUCUCACCAUAUCCUUCCCGCGUACGCUUCGUGCACCUCGGAUCGAACUCAUAAGAUUUGUUAUGCACGACGCAAUGUUGUCCUUUCUACUUGGGUUACCGCCUUUGGUGGAGUAUGGGUAUGACUGCGAAUACGACUCCAAAUACAGUGGUUACGAAUGGUCGUAUGGGAUUCCGGUUGCACUCCUUCAGAUCGUCACCCAAGUCAGCUCAUAUCGGGCUGGUUCUAGAGCUUCUAUAGAGGACUGGAAGACACUGGAGAUGCGUGUUUUGAACUGGAAGUCACAGUAUUCUAUAAUGCAGGGGACUUCCGCUACCGAAAGCGUUACCAGGAAAAGGGUUGUGGUGCAAGAGGGCUGGAGGCAUGUGACACUGAUUUACAUAUACAUGGUGCGCGCUCUCCUCGUUAUAUUCAACAUGCAGGACCUGAAGUUGAUUGUCAGGACACUUGAUGCUGCUGAAACUGGACUGCCUAAAGACAAACGGGACCGGAUAGGCGGAAGCACUACUCAAAUCUUCAGGCCGCCAAUUCCAGGAAAUGGCAUAUUAUACAGGAUCAACGGAACUGCUGCUUCAGCUAGAAAUAAACACGACACCUUAAAUGCAUCGAUGGAAUUCAACCGAUUGUGGCCACAGGAUCAAAGUCAGCCAGCUGUAUACUUUCGUUAUGUCUCGCUUGAUAAGCAAACUUCGAACACGGGUUCCAACACGUAUCUACCCGAUAAUGACUUAAUUCAAGUUAUUGAAGCCUUUUUGUCUAUUAUGAUUUUCCGUAGUUACCACUCUGCAGACCACCUUCAACGACUCAGCUACUGGUUUUCGCCUCCCCCAUUUCAGAUCGGCAACCUUUUAAUGCUCCAGAUGCUAAAAUCAAAAAGAAUAGUGUGGGUCAUGUAUUUGGCUGCGAAGGUCUUCCAGUUACUUCACCAGGAUCCCCAAAUACAAAGUUCAGUAGUUGCAGAGCACAUUGGCUGGAUUGAUAAACUUGAACCCAAAUUCACCACAACUUCCUGCAACAACCCAUCGUUGGACGACAUAGGCGAGCGACUUAUGGUUCACCUUACGCUGGCGUCUCUAAAGUUUAACCUGAUUGACCUAGCCUCAGGGUAUCAACUACUCCGAAAUUCUCUACCCAAGUUUCUUCAGCUUGCAGCAGCCGAUACUACUUUGCUGAUAGAACGGCGGGACGGCAGCGCUGUUGUCUCGUUCCCUCACGCCCUUAGUGCAUCUCGCUAUGAGCUCAGACGAUUUACUGUAAUUGAAGCAGUUUCAGCAUUCUUGCUAGGAGUCCCCCCACUUUUAGAAUACGGGUAUGAUGGCGAGUGUGACUCUGAAAAUAAUGGGUUUGAGUGGAUAUAUGGUGUUCCUGUGGUAAUUCUUCAGAUCAUCUCCCAAGUCAACUCGUAUAGGGCCGGUGGUAGAGUUGCUCUGGAGGAUUGGAAAGCUUUAGAGGCGCGCGUGAUGGUAUGGAAACCACAGUAUCUCGUAACGGAAGGGGCUUCCGCUGCCAAAAGUGUUGAUGAGAAUAGAGCGGCGGUGCUGGAGGGCUGGAGGCAUGUAGCACUGAUUUAUAUCUACAUGGGUAUGUGCGGAGCAUCAUCUCACGAUUCACGCAUACAAGCAUCGGUGGACCAAAUAAUUGAGCUUGGGAAGGCCAUAGGUAGCUCUCGCAUUGGUAUACACACACUGCCCCACUGUGUUGUCGUUGGUGUGGCUGCCCGAUUGGAGAAGCACCGAAUCGCUGUAUAUGAACAACUCCGCUCAAUUAAGGACACACACAUUUGGCUGUUUCCUGGACUACAGUUUGGCGAGGUUUUGUAUCAUUUGUGGCACGGUGUGGGUCUCGGAGGAGCGCCUGUUACAUGGGAUGACUACGUUCAGUCUAGGUGUGCAGUCAUUUCGAUCUGA